CACGGGAUAAACAAGGCCUGCAAAAGGUGGCUUCUGAGGAGGGAUGAAGCAAGCAAUCGAGCUGUGGAAGGAACUGGAGAACAGCCAUUCCAGACAACUGACAGCAAGUGCAAAGGACCCAAGGCAGCCAUAAGCCUGGUCACCUGCACUUUCAGACAAAGGACCUUAGAGGAUGGAGGCCUCGGGGUGGUGGCCGCUGGUCACUGUGCUCAUGGCUGCAACUCCUCUUCUGGUCCAAGGAGACUUCGAGCUCACGGACCCUGGCCCCCAGGACAGUCCUCCCAGGCCGGCCCUGCCCUGCCACAGAAUUUCUGUGAGCAACAUCGACUUUGCCUUCGGCCUGUACCGACGGCUGGCGCUGGAUGCCCCUGGAGAGAACAUCCUCUUCUCCCCGGCAAGCAUCUCCCUGGCCUUGGCCACAGUGUCCCUCGGGGCCCCGGCGGCCAGCAGGACCCAGCUCCUGGAGGGCUUGGGCUUCAACCUGACCGUGAUGUCCGAGGCCGAGAUCCAGGAGGGCUUCCAGGACCUGCUGCUUAGGCUCCCCACGCGGGGGUCCCACCUGCUCCUGACCACAGGCCAGAGAAGCUUCCACGGCCUGGGCCCCGGGGCCACCCAGAAACACAUCAAGGAGUACGUGGAGGAGCAGACGCAGGGGAGGCUUGGGGCCUGGGUGGAGGACCUCGGGGAGGAAGCCGCUGAGGUUCUGGUGAAUCACGUGGCUCUCAGAGCUGAGUGGGCACAGCCCUUCGACCCGGGGGCCACCAGCCUGAGAGAGUUCUUCCUGGACGAGCACAGGGCCGUGCAGGUCCCCAUGGUGAAGCAGAAGGCCAGCCACCGCUUCCUCCACGACCCCGAGCUGCAGUGCACCGUGCUGCAGAUGGACCACGCCGGGAACGCCACCACCUUCUUCGUCUUCCCCAACCGGGGCCAGCUGGGGCAGGUGGAGGAGGCGCUGCUGCCCGAGACGCUGAUCAAGUGGGACAGUCUGCUCAGGACCAGAGAACUCGACUUCUACUUCCCCAAAUUUUCCAUUUCCAGCACCACCAGACUGGAGAUGCUCCUCCCACAAGUGCCCGUGGGCGGAGGCCUCCCCGGGCAGCCUGGACUGGGCAUCUCUAGGAUGAGACUGAGCUUACAGUGUAUCAGUUCCUGUGCUGCUUCAGUAACAGACCACCAGGGACCAGGUCAUCUGUAAAUUGACUACCUCAUGGUGCCGGAGGCUGGGGAGCCCGAGGUGAAGGGGCUUCGCCUGGUGAGUACCUUCUGGCUGUGUCAUAACAAGGAGGAAGGCCAAGCCAAAGCUCAGAGAGAAAAUGGGCCACCCCUUGCUGUGGUGACCGGCCCCUCGCCCACGGUGACAUCAAUCCAUUUGUGAGAUCAGAGCCCCCACAGUCUAAUCCCCUCAAAGGCCUGCCUCUUAGUCCUGCUCCUGGCAAUGACUCUCCACACGGGCCCUGGAGGGGCCAAGGGAAUUACCCCCAGUGACCAUACUAGUUAGUGUCCAGCCAGGAUCUGAGCUGGGGGCAAGUCGUUGAGCACCGGGACCUGCAUUUGUCUCCUCAGCCAGCCCUGGGCACCUCCCCAUUACCUGCAUGUCACACACACCCCAGAGGGGACAGUGGGUUUGAGGCCAAGCAGGCCUGAGGCCUGGCUUUGUCUCACCUUAGCUGUGUGGCCUUGGGCUACAUCACCUCUCUGGGCCUUUGUUUCCUCACCUGAUGAUUGGGACCCUGGACCCUGUCUCAGGGGGAACACCUUGUCCAAUGUCACAGCAGCACAGGGUCCUUCAGCUUCAGGCUGGGUGAACUUUCACACUCAGCAGUGGUGAUAAAAGAGAUGUGAUGGUGGAGUGAGGAAUUGGUUGGCCCUGGACAGAGCUGGGGUACAAAGAGCAGAGCAAAGUUAGCAUCAGGUGGAUGCAGCGGCAGGACAGACCAUGAGCACACAAACAGACCUGCAAUAGGUCAGGUGGCAAUAAACCCACAGAUAUAGCAGUGUAAGCGGGUGGGGAUGGGGUCUGUCCAAGGAACACUAGUCUUGGAGUUCUUGAUGGGAAAGUGACCUGAAUAAGGGAAGGAAAGGAGUUCUUGAUAGAGUGCUCAAUACGUGCAAAGGCCCUGAGGCAUGACCACACCAUCCAAAGCCAGUGAGGCUGGAACACAGUAGACAAGAAGAAGUGCCGUGGGAGGUGGAGAGGACAGAACUCUUCAAGAUCAAUAAGACUUUGAUUUCCCCAAGAGUGAGACAGAACUCCACCGAGGGCUUUAACAGAAGAGUGAUGCAAUGAAUUCCCCUAAGUUAGAAAAAGAUCAUAAAUUAUCCAGGGGUGAGAGCACAGAGCAGCUGAAAGGCGAUGGAUGAGGGGAAACAGGUGGAGCUGGGAUUUGGACCUGGGCAGAUAGUUCUCAAGUCCAGGCUUGUAUGGGUGUCCACAGUGCCCUCAGGAGGCUGUGACCACUCUGUAAAUGAGGGAGAUGGUUCCCGUUCAGCUCCUCCCAGUCUUGUUUCUCUUGCACCCAGAACUUGAGGCCCCCUGUGAUCUUCUCUCGACCCAUCAGCUCAUGGGAGGGUGAUGUGUGGUCACGGACCUCACCUGUGACUGCCGUACCCUCACCUGCAAGAACUGAGCUGGAUCCUAGAGCCAGGCCCCUCCCUCAUUCUGUGGCCCCGCCCUCAUUCCGUGGCCCCGCCCUCAUUCCGUGGCCCCGCCCAGUGCCUUGCUGGUCCUCCUUAACCUCUUUCCUCUCCAAGCACUCCUUGGUUUCCAUGGAAGCAUAUUCUUCAGAAGUCUCCUGCCAACUCCAGGAUGAAGCCCCCUCCUCACUGAUCUGCUUCCUCCAUUGUCUCAUCCUAGCUCCCUGGCCAGCCCUGUCCCCUACUGUCUGUGCCGUGCCACUCCACGGAAUCUCAUGGGGCCAUAGAUGUCCUCAGCUUCCCCCUCCCUGUCUUGGCUUGGACUUUAAAACAAACAAACAAACAAA